GAAAGAGAACCCAUACCCCUCAUGCUCCUCAAUGGCGCAUUGGCCGCUGUUCAGUGAAGGCGGUGGAACUACAGGCAAAGUGCUCUUCAAAAGGCAGGCGCGUGGUGUUGGUGUGAGGCGCGGGCACGUAAGGCGUAUUGGUCGUGUGAAAUCAAUCAACCACUGCACGUAAUUGCCGCUUUUGAUAAUAUGGCAUUAGAGGAUAAUGAUGAUGUCAGCGAGCGCCUCAAGCAAGAGGCAGAGAUCCUACAGCGUCUCAAUGCCAGAAAAGGAAGACGCUCACUGCAAGAUGUUUCUGCAAAGAGUCCAGCAGUUACUAAACAGAGGACCAAAGACCCAGUCUCUGCUGCAAAAGCCGUGGUGAAGCCACCUUCGCCCGACACUGCUGAUGAAGCUGAAUCCUCGGCGAGCGACGCCGAGAUGGCCGACCUGGCGGAGCGCACGGCGGCCGCCGCCGUCGCCAGCGACGACGACAGUGAGGGCCGCUCCGACUCGGACGGAGACGCCGCCGCCGCCGCCGCUGACGACUUCACCGUGCUGGACGAGGUGGAGCGCUCGGGCCGGCGGACCGUGCACCGCGUGCUGCCCGACUGGCUGGCGCACCCGCAGCCGAUCGGCGACCGGCGGCCGGCGCUGGCCGAGCUGCCCGCGCUCUGUCCCGAACUGCGCGCCCGGCUGGCCGCCGAGGGCAUCGAGCGGCUGUUCCCGGUGCAGGCGGCCGUGCUGCCCGAGCUGCUGGCGGCCGCCGAGUCGCCGCUGCCGCCGGCCGACCUCUGCGUCUCGGCGCCGACCGGCAGUGGCAAGACGCUAGCGUUUGUUCUGCCGCUGGUGCAGGCGCUGCGCGGCGCCGUGGUGCGCCGGGUGCGCGCGCUGGCCGUGCUGCCCACACAGGCGCUGGCCGCUCAGGUGGCCGCCGUGUUCCGACAGUACGCCGCCGACACGCCGCUCUGCGUCCGGCUGCUGGGCGGAGACACGGUGGCACGGGAGCGACGCAAACUGGUGGCGGCGGGGCCGCGCGGCCCGCUCUCGCUGGCCGAUAUCGUGGUCAGCACUCCCGGCCGGCUGAUGGACCACAUCAACAGCACCGAGGGCUUCUCGCUGGCGCACCUGCGCUACCUCGUGAUCGACGAGGCCGACCGGGUGAUUGAGAUGGCCGAGACGGGCUGGCUGAAGGCGGUGGAGCGCGCGGCAGCGGCCGCCGACGGUCCGCCGCGCCGCGCCGCCGGCCCGCUGACGGCCGCCGCCGUCUGCGCGCCCCACCUGCCGCUGCAGAAGCUGCUGUUCUCGGCCACCCUGUCGCAAAACCCGGAGAAGCUGGAGCGUCUGUCACUGUUCCAGCCGCGGCUGAUGGUGGCCGGCACGGCGGCCGCCGCCGCACUGCCCGGCCAGUUCGUCGGCAAGUUCACUACGCCGGCCGAGCUGAGCGAGUCCUUCAGCGUGGUGGCGCCGCAGCUGAAGCCGCUGCUGCUGCACCACCUGUUGCGACAGCCCGACUGGGAGCGCGCGCUCGUAUUCGUCAAUUCGAACGAGGCGGCGCACCGGCUGGCGCUGCUGCUAUCGGCGCUAGGCGCGCGCGUAGCCGAGUUCUCCGGGGCGGUGCCGGCCGGCCGGCGGCGGCGCGCGCUGGCUGAGCUGGCCGCCGGCCGGCUGGCGGCGCUCGUCUGCUCGGACGCUAUGGCGCGCGGUAUGGACGUGGACGCCGUGGACGCGGUCGUGUCAUACGACAUCCCGGCGCUGGUGAAGACAUACGUCCACCGCGUGGGUCGGACGGCGCGCGCCGGCCGGCCCGGCCAGGCGGUGACGCUGCUGCUGGAGCGCCAGCGCGGCCACUUCCAGCGGCUGAUGGCGCAGGCGGGCAAGGCGGACGGCCAGGUGCGUGAGACUCCGGCGCCGCUGGACGAGCUGCGCCAGUAUGAGGCCACCUACGUGGCGGCGCUGGAGCAGGUGCAGACCACAGUGGAGACGGAGAGGGAGGAGGCCGCCGCCAAGCUGCGCGGACGGCCCGCCGGCGACGCGCAGAAGAGAAAAACCGACGAGGACGGGUCCGCCAAGAAGAAGAAAAAGCGGGUCCGAAAACGGAAGCCGUCCGCAGCGAAGAUGGAGACGGAAUGAUCGGGUUUGCUGUGUCUACGGGACUUUGACAAAUGUGGAUCGCUUUUGUGACUUACAUGCGGAAGGUAUUUUGCAAUACAUACAGAGUAUUGAG